CCAACCAACAUUCAAUUUCAAUUCUAUCAGCAAUCACAGAAUUCAAUGUUCACGAACUCUGUGAAAGUAAAAUACAGUUAUAGAAAUUGCACGAAUAAAUUAGUUCGUCAAAUUAUUUACAAUUAUUAAACUUUUAACUUCAUUUUAUAAUCGUUAAAAAUGAGUUUAGUCGCUAAUACUGGAAAAUUAGCUGGUCGUACCCUGUUUAUAACGGGUGCUUCUCGCGGCAUUGGUAAAGCCAUCGCGUUGAAAGCAGCUAAGGAUGGAGCGAAUGUUGUUAUUGCCGCCAAAACUGCUGAACCGCAUCCAAAGUUACCUGGCACCAUUUACACCGCUGCAGAAGAGAUUGAAGCACUUGGAGGAAAGGCUUUACCAUGUAUUGUAGAUGUGAGAGAGGAAAAACAAGUACAAGCAGCUAUUGACGAAGCAGUGAAAAAGUUUGGUGGUAUUGACAUUCUAGUCAACAAUGCAUCAGCUAUUUCAUUGACAGGAACUGCGCAGACUGACAUAAAGAGAUAUGAUCUCAUGCAUAACAUUAAUACAAGGGGUACUUUCUUAGCAUCCAAAUUAUGUCUGCCGUUGUUAAAGAACAGCAAUCAUGCUCAUAUUUUAAAUCUAUCACCUCCAUUAAAUAUGAACCCGUAUUGGUUUUCAAUUCAUGUAGCGUACACAAUGGCUAAGUACGGCAUGUCUAUGUGUGUAUUAGGAAUGAGUGAAGAGUUCAAACCUUUUAACAUCGGAGUCAAUGCACUAUGGCCUAAAACUGCGAUAGCAACAGCUGCUAUAGAAAUGUUGACUGGAGACACAUCAACAAGUCGCAAACCUGAGAUAGUUUCCGAUGCAGCUUAUCUUAUGCUCUCACAGGAUCCGAAGAAGUACACAGGCAACUUUGCUAUUGACGAAGAUGUUAUCAAACAGAAUGGCAUCAAUGACUUGACACCAUACGCUUGUGAUCCAAAAAAUGUGGAUAAUCUACUUCUGGACGGGUUCCUGGACGAUCCAGCGGCGAUCGGCCAUCAUCGCAAUGUCACCACCGCCUCUAUCAGACGAUAUCAUACGUCCACUGUCAAUUAUAGUGAGAAGAGUGAACCUGAGGGUCAGAUACCGACACUGUUCGGUUCCAUCAGCAAAGUGAUAACACCAGAACUGGUGAAGAAAACUCAAGCCGUCUAUCAGUUUAAUGUUAAAGGUAAAGAGGAAGGCGUAUGGCACAUAGAUCUGAAAAAUGGUGACGGCGCAUGUGGUCAGGGUGAGCCUAGGAACCCACCAGAUGCCACUCUUACUAUGGACAGCACUAAUUUCGCUGAAAUGUUUGCGGGUAAAUUAAAACCAACCACCGCAUUCAUGAUGGGCAAACUAAAAAUCAGCGGAGAUCUACAAAAAGCUAUGAAGCUUGAAAAAAUGAUGAAAUCAUUGAAGAAUAAGGUUUAAAUGUUUUUGAAUUGUAUAUUUUUUUAUAGUGCAAUACAGAACAUAUUUUAUAGA